GUAAUAGUAAGAGGUGCAAAGUAGAACUCAAGCAGACACUGGAUGACCUCAGGAUACCUAUUUUGGGUUAUUAUUAUGCUUUGGAGGUUGUGGGAUUGGCAAGACAGAGUUGGUGGCACAAUUUUGUAUGUUCAGAGAAUGGUCUUGGAUUUUGA